CACAGGGGAUGCGGCAAACAGCCCGGGGCUACUUAAGGCAGCGCCCGAAGGCCACACAGCCAGAGACGCGACAUCCGAGGCAGACAUGCAGCUCAUCACACUCGUGGUCCUGGUGGCAGUGGCGGCGGUGGCGGCGGCGGCGCCCCCCAAGGAGGAGCGCGCGCUGAUCGCGGAGCAGCUGGAGCGCGAGGCGCUGGAGCAGGCGCGCAACGCUAAGUACUCGUACGAGACGCACAUCGACGACGGCAUCGCCGACCAGUCGCAGCACCGCUCCGAGGUGCGCGACGGCCUCAGCACGCGCGGCUCCUUCUCCUACAGCGACGGCUACCUCCGCCGCAACGUCGAGUACGUCAGCGACGAGGACGGCUUCAAGAUCCUCAAGGAUGAGGUGGAGCCACUCGCCGGCCCCAAGGAGAACCCGGACGGCACGGCUUCCGUCCGCACCGUGGUCGACGGCCAAGAGAUCAACUACUCCGUGCACAGCGUGCCCGAGUAACGCCCACCACCUCCAUCCACCUUCUGUCAUCUGCCUGUGUACAUAGCUCGUAACGCGCUCUGACCCAAUAAACUGCUGCUUCCAUUCUUA